CCCAGCAGCGCACGGUGCUAAGCGCCGGGGAGAGUCCGACAGAACAAAGACCAGAGCAACGGCCAAGCGCGCCUCUUGGGUUUCCGUCCCCGGCCAGAUGCGGAGCCCGCGUCCCCACGGCCCAGCCGCGAUCUGAGGAGAGCUCCGCGCCGAGGGACCCCGGCGUAGAGUCGGGGGGACUCCCCCGGCCCCCCAAGAUGGUCGGCAAAGUCAAGCAGAACCUGCUGCUUGCCUGCCUGGUCAUCAGUUCCGCGACGGUGCUGUACCUGGGCCAGCACGCCAUGGAGUGCCACCACCGUAUGGCGGACCGCGGGCGGGCGAGCCGGGCCCAGGGCCCGCGGGCCCCGCCGGCCACCGGCCCCGGCCCCCGGCCCAACCGGACCACGGCCUACAACAAGGACACACCCCUGAUCUUCAUCGGCGGCGUCCCCCGCAGUGGGACCACCCUGAUGCACGCCAUGCUGGACGCCCACCCGGACAUCCGCUGCGGCGAGGAGACCCGGGUCAUCCCCCGCAUACUGGCCGUGAAGCAGAUGUGGUCCCGUUCCAGCAAGGAGAAGGUCCGGCUGGACGAGGCCGGGGUCACGGACCGGGUGCUGGACGAGGCCAUGCGGGCCUUCCUCCUGGAGAUCAUCGUCAAGCACGGGGAGCCCGCCCCAUUCCUGUGCAACAAGGACCCCUUCGCUCUCAAGUCGCUGACUUACCUGGCCCGCAUCUUCCCCAACGCCAAGUUCCUGCUGAUGGUGCGGGACGGCCGAGCCUCGGUGCACUCCAUGAUCUCGCGCAAGGUGACCAUCGCCGGCUUUGACCUGGGCAGCUACCGGGACUGCCUGACCAAGUGGAACCGGGCCAUCGAGACCAUGUACAACCAGUGCGUGGAGGUGGGUUACGAGCGCUACGUGCUGGUGCGCUACGAGCAGCUGGUCCUGCACCCCGAGCGCUGGAUGAGGAGCCUCCUCCACUUCCUGGGCAUCCGCUGGGACCAGGCCGUCUUGCACCACGAGGAGAUGAUCGGGAAAGCCGGGGGAGUCUCUCUGUCCAAGGUGGAAAGAUCCACGGACCAAGUCGUCAAGCCAGUGAACGCAGGGGCCCUCUCGAAGUGGGUCGGGAAGAUCCCCGCGGACGUCCUGCAGGACAUGGCCGCCAUCGCCCCCAUGCUGGCCCGCCUCGGCUACGAUCCCUACGCCAACCCGCCCAACUACGGGAAGCCGGAUCAAAAAAUCCUGGAAAACACAAGGCGGGUCUAUAAAGGCAAGUUUCAGCUGCCUGAUUUUCUGAAAGAAAAGCUGCAGCCGGUCAGUCGGGGUCCCGGGCCCAGGCCUGUCUCAGGCCCGCACGCUGGACUGGUUUCACGACCCCAGGGCGCUCAGAGAAACUCUAGGACCAUGGCGGAGCCCUCUUUAUGCCCGCCACUGAGCCGACUGCGGAGAGCUUGUGCCCACGGGUACGGGCUGCCUCGGGAUGGGGGCACGUCCACCCUCCCGACUGGGGCUCCCAUCAGCUGCCGUCACUGCCAUGGCUACAGCCCCCGUUCCCCUCCCUUGACACUCCUGGCCCAAGUGGCUUUUACCGGUCUACGAGAAUGCCAGAGGCUCCUUGGCCCUUCUGGAAGCCACAGACGCACAUGA